AUUCAAUCCGAAACAAAAGGAGAGAAUAAAAAGAGGAAUCAAACCCAUUCCAUUCCAAAUGGCAGAGCGACUGUCACUGAGUCUCACACUAUCACCAUCACCAUCACCACCAACUCCUGCUCCAACAACCAUGGCUGCUUUCAGCACCACCGCCUCUUCUCGUAUCUUCCCCUCCGCUACCGCCGCCGCCGCCGCCGCCUCUAGAGCUAGGCUCUCUUUCUCUUCCUCUCUCAAAUGCCUCCAAUCCUCUCCUCUCGUCUCUCACCUCUUUCUCAACCAGAAACGAUCGCCGAUGGUUCGCGUAUCGGAGAGAGGUCUGAGCUCAACUGCUUCGCCGAAAUGCGCGGCGGCGUCCGAUCCUGACCAGUUGAAGAGUGCUAGAGAUGAUAUCAAGAAGCUUCUCGACACCAGUUUCUGCCAUCCUCUUCUGGUUCGCUUGGGAUGGCAUGAUGCUGGUACUUACAACAAAAACAUUCAGGAGUGGCCACAAAGAGGUGGAGCUAAUGGAAGUUUAAGAUUUGAAAUUGAGCUGAAACAUGCAGCCAAUGCUGGUCUUGUGAAUGCAUUGAAACUUCUUCAGCCUAUCAAAGAAAAGUAUUCUGGUGUGACAUAUGCAGACUUGUUUCAGUUGGCAAGUGCUACUGCUGUGGAGGAAGCUGGGGGCCCCAAAAUCCCCAUGAAGUAUGGAAGAGUGGAUGUCACAGGACCUGAGCAGUGUCCAGAAGAAGGGAGGCUUCCUGAUGCUGGCCCCCCUUCACCUGCUGAUCAUCUACGUAAUGUUUUCUACAGAAUGGGAUUAAAUGACAAGGAAAUAGUUGCAUUAUCUGGUGCACACACACUGGGAAGGUCCAGACCGGAACGCAGUGGUUGGGGCAAGCCAGAGACAAAGUACACGAAAGAUGGGCCUGGAGCACCUGGGGGACAGUCCUGGACAGUGAAAUGGUUGAAGUUUGAUAAUUCAUACUUUAAGGAUAUCAAAGAAAGAAGAGAUGAAGAUUUACUGGUCUUGCCAACUGAUGCUGUAAUUUUUGAAGAUCCAUCAUUCAAGGUAUUUGCUGAGAAAUAUGCUGAAGAUCAAGAAGCAUUUUUCAAGGAUUACGCUGAAGCUCAUGCCAAACUCAGCAACCUUGGAGCCAAAUUUGAACCUCCAGAGGGUAUUGUGAUAAAUGAUGGUCCAUCAGAACCUGCACCAGAGAAGUUUGUGGCAGCCAAGUACUCAUCUGGGAAGGAUUAAGAAACAAGUUUCUUGUUUUCUUGUGCCGUGUGUCUUUUAAUAAUACAAGAUGAAGCUUUUUUCAAAUCCUGUGAACUCACAUCUAAAACAUGGAAGUCUUAAAUGAAGAGGAAAGGAAUAAAAUUCAAUAGUCUUAUCUAUGUACUUGCAGAGUGAACUGUCAGAGACUAUGAAGCAGAAGAUUCGGGCAGAGUAUGAAGCAGUUGGUGGAAGCCCAGAUAAGCCUCUACCGACUAACUAUUUCCUAAAUAUAAUUAUUGUGAUUGGUGUUUUAGCAAUUUUGUCAUCACUAUUUGUGAACUAGGUUUUCUGAGCCUUUUUGUGAAACUUCCGUUGUUUGUUUGCACUUUGGUUUAAUUGUGAUAUCACCAAUGAGUAAAUAGUGGAUCUUAUUGCA